AUGGCGAGUUUUGUUCGUCCCGAUACGCUUCCUCAAGCGCCUAAACGUCUGUCGAAGUGGGAGAAGGAUGACAUACGAACUGAACGUCGAACGCGAAUGAGUAAAUAUGAACUCUUAAGGGAAGAUAUUGCCGACAGACUUCGAUGUCCGCUGUGUUUUUGUCUUCCCUGUGUGAUAAUAAUCUUCAUAUUGCUAAUAUUGAUCGGUAUUUAUGUGGUUCAGCCAUAUAUUCAAGGUAAGAGAAUUUUUAUUCAGAGUCAGUCUGUGUGCUUUGUUCGGCGCGCGUGCGAAAAACGCUUAUGGCAGACAACCGAGUAUAUCGCACUGUAAACAUUCCCGCAAUUUGUAGGGUAAUAACCCAGCCAAGUGCUGACUGUGUUGACUUUAAUCUUGCAUAAAGUGUUCGAGGUGUAUUUACGACGAGAUUAAGUCUACACAGUUCAAAAUUCACUUAGCGGACAUUUCUAUAUAGAACUCGGACACCUCAUCAGUUAUAAGGGUCAGCGCAAUUUCAAAAAAACAGUCAUUUCCUAAACCACUGUGACCCUUACAUCCAUCUGUUCCAUUUUGCAACGUUAUGUUUCAUCCAAAAUGCAAAAUUUCUACGUUGUGUAGUCACUUAAGGUUAAGUUCGGGCAAGGAUCACGCGUAAUGCCAACAGCGCUGUUCAAAAUCAGUGUUACUGUACAUGUAGAGGCGCGUGUACUAUUGAAAUUUCCCAUCAAGUUGAUAUAUUAAAUAUCCGUCGAGAGGAAAUCAAUCGUGCUAUCUCACAGGAAUAUCAAGUCAUCUUUGCCUUUUAGUGUAACGUUAUUGUGUGAAAACAAUGGAUAUUUUAAUAAGCUAAAUCGACGCUUCGGGGAGCCCUUGAUUUCUACAUGUUCAGCGAUUUUGUACAAUUAAUGUACAAACGAAUGCUAGCGAAAGUACAAGCGUUAGUGUCGUUACUGCCUUUUUGAGAAGCAACCUGACUUCUAAUCUUGUUCGAUUAUAAUAUGCUAGGCAUAUGCUGUCGAGUAAAGCUGUGUUUCUGUUAUUCGCUUGUUAUUCUACCCGUUUUCUUAGAAAGAACGACCAUAUUGUUUUAAUAAGCGGCUUGCAUAAAGACACUGUAAAGAGGGAUUUAUUCUCGAAAUAAUUAACGUCUACGAUCAUGUCUGUUUGAAUUUGGCUUUCCUCUUGCGAUUAGUUUAUUUCGAGUUUAUUUACCACCACGGCCUGAGCAUCGUCUUCUAACCUGACCGAAGUCCUAAAACUUCUCACAGCCAAUUUUAGUUCACAAACUUCCAACAUCGCCGAGAGUUUUAGAACUGGUAUCAGUUCCUUUAUCACAAUUUAAGUCGACAAAAUGAUCUUUAUCAAAAAGCAACUUGAGAUUUACACCCUGCCCCGGCCGUACAAAAUGGGUUGUAUGACUUCUGUUUCGUUCUGUUUCGGAGCAAGACCGCGUCUUGUCCUGGUUUGUCGGCUCCUCUUGCAAAUCUUCGUUCUUGAAUAUGAUGAGUGGUCAAGGGAGCGCGCUGCUUUUGUUGCCGAAAUGCACAUCAGCACGGCUCCCUCUGUCAACGAAAACUUGUCAUGCUGGAGAUCGCCCCAUGUAAGGGGAAUCGGAUUCCGGAAUCAGGGAAAUUUUUGCUUGUAGAAUCUGGAAUCUUGGGCUUUGGAAUGCGGAAUACAUCUCAAAGAAUCCGGAAUCCCACUAACGAUUGGAAUCCAAUAUCCAAGUUCCGCUGAAAAAGGCUGGAAUCUAUAAUAGUUCCUGGAAUCCGGAAUCCGUGACGUGGCAUUCAGAGUCCAAGUCUGUCUUGGAUUCCUUUUUGAACGUUCGUCUAUUUUUUUUCUUUUCCCCACCCCCCACUCCCUUGUGCUUGCGGUCAAAAAAUUCCCCGCCCGGGUUUUAUUUCCGUUCGCGCACUUGAUCAUCUCAAAAGAGAAAAUAGAGUUUCUGUGAACAGGCUACACAAACUCAAGUUGCUUUUUCGUUACUGGUUGUUGUGUUAGUAUCCUUUUGUGUGUCCCCCUUGCUCAUGAUUAUCGUGUAUCUCGCGCCCCAUAUUUCUGGUCUUGUGUCGCUGUAGGCUACGAAUCCCCCAUUUUCCACAGAGCUAGCGAAAUACUCAAGCGCGCGUGAAAAUCGCCGCCUGUGAGGAACGUGACUUGCUGACCAGCUCAGAUAUUGCCGUGGGGUAAGAUGUGAGGGGAGGGGGGCGGGCACGCUUGGAUACAGGGCGGAUAAAGGUUGGGCGGUGAAACGAGCGCGUCCGAGCAAAAAGGUGUGAUGCAGUGGACUGGGACUCUGCUUAGAAAUGUCGCUUGUUUUCGACUUCGGUCAGGGCUUGUGAUGUGGUUUGUACAUUAGAUAUUGCCGCUGUCACUGAAUUAUGGCAGCUUGAUUUAUUUUCUUGCUCUUCUUCCUCGUUCCUUUGUGCUGGUACGCUGUCUCCGAGAGGCAAAUGUUGCUAUUUUUUGCGGGAGGUUUAGUUGGAGUCGACAAACAUCUCUUUCAAAGGGUUUCUUUUAUUACUUCCAUGACUCUACCACUGAAUUAUAUUUUCGUUCUGCUACUCGCCAAUGUCGAUGUUAUUCCAAAACAAAAACAACUAAGUACUGUCUAAAACACGAAGGAAAAUCUCAUCCAUGUCAUCCAUGGCAAAACUAAAAGACAGCAGAUCGUGUUUCAUAACUAGAUGACGUGUAUUUUAUAAAUGCGUGCAGCUCGUGCAAGGUGAAAUUAUGCUAAUUUCAAUCACCAUCAUCCUUCUUUUUAAUUUUGAAAAAAACAUCUCAUACGUCUUUCUGUUUCUUCGAAACUUCAAAAUUAGUUUCCCCUCAGUUUUUACUGUUUACCUUGUUUUGUUUUAGAGAGAAAAACGGAGAAAAAACCUUACAACUAACCUCAAUAAAUUUUGUUUACAUGCGGUUGCCGGAUUUGCAACGCAUUGCGCGAAUCGCCAUGGCGCGUUGCACCCGAGAAGCAAAGUUUGAAGAAGUACAACGCCACUAUAUCAAUAUAUAUCAAUCUAAUUUUCUGUUAUGUUAUAUAAAAUUUAUCCCCCUUUAACAUAUGUAAAAAUUGAGGUUAAGAAGUGUUAAGCUUUUGCAAACGAAACGGCGAAAGACGAUUAGGUGAUAUUUAGUGGAAGGAGGAGGUAUUCAACACUUUCAAAUUAAACUCAAAUUUUGGCAUUAUACGACUAACAAGUUUGACUUCUAGACGUACAGACACAAACAUAUGAAACUGUUUAUUGAUAUUGUUAUGAAACGAAUUUAUCUAUUUAACAUUGUAGCCUGAAAUUACCGAAAGAAAAUAGGAUUUCCGGUUUGCAAAAAGGAAAAUUUCGCCGGCCUUCAAGCGCACCGGAAGCGCGGAAAGAGCGCUCGUGCCAGUCCUACUCCGCAUCACACAUUAAAUGAAGAGCGGAGCGCUCGUUUCACCGCCCAACCUUUAUCCGCCCUGCUUGGAUACCCCUCCGAUCCGCCCCUCAUCUGUAAUAGGCAAGACCAAGACUAACUGAAAUCUGUUUGUAAAGCUGAUGUUUAUUUUAUCGCUUGAAUAAAAUCAGGAAAAGGCUUAGUAUCCACACAAUGCCGUGUGAAUCGGACAGAGAUGUUAGAGGAGGGAUCGUGCAGUCAUAGAACGGACAAGUUUGUUCCCUGCUUAAAAAUUAUAGUAAGUAACUGAUCAUGUUAUAACAAUUUGAUUAUUGUCAUCUGAGUUGAUAAACAAAGAGAGGCAGUCGUAGAACAAUUGAGAAGGGAACGGCUCGAGUGCUGCCCGUUCGUUAACUAAACCCGGAGGCUCUCGUUUUGGGUUUUGAGUUGCUUCCCUGUAGGUUUUCACCUCGGGUUUUGCGCGAGUGACUUGCAAGUGCGAGACUAGCUGCGUGGCAGGCGUUCGAAAAGGAUCGGAAGAGAAUUUGGGCGCGAGAUCGCUUCUCACGCGCCCGAAAUCCCCUGUCUCUUCCCUUUUAAACGGCUGCCACUCAGGCUAGUGCGAGACAUCUCGUCUUGCGGUUUCGUCAAUCACGCAAAACCUCAUGAAAGCCUACUGGAAAGUGAAGAACUGAUAGCGAGUGAAGGAGAUUUUGUGUGUUGCACGCGUCCUAAAUACAGUUUGGAUCAGAAAUUUGUUCGUCUGCUACUUUCAUCAUUGCUUUUUGGAUAAAUAAUACAAGUGUCUCCCCUUCUAAUAUGUUAUAGACCAUUAGUGGAGUUAUUAAAAAGGAGAAUUAGUUUACCAGAUGAUGAUUACUUUCCACAGGUAACCUACAGAGUAAACAAAACAGCAGCUUUUGAGGCUGUCCUUAUGGAAAACGAACAAGCCUUGUCUCACUGUGAAAAGGUAGGAGAACUGGAUCUAGCACCCCACUUCAGAAACCGUAGCUAUUCCCCUUAGAGAAUCUUGAGUGGGAAUUUACGUUUUGGAGAUAAGAUGUUAUGCGCACGACAGUCAACCUCGACAAAGUAUUUUACGUUAGCAGUAAUCAGCCCAUUUUCUUCAAACGUUUCUGUCCUAAGAAAGCACAUAAUCGAAAGUGCAGACAAAAUUUGUAAGAGAACUCAAUAACAAAUGUGCUAGCCUGCGAGCAAACUCUCCGUUUCGGGAAUAUCGUGAAAAGUCGCGCACACACUUUGGCACGGGCGCCAUGCGAAAGGAGAAGCCCUUCGCGCCUUCGUCGUUCUUUCGCGUUCUCGUGCGGCUCGCCGCGCACGGCCAAAUGGAAUAGAGACUUGCUCGCAGGCUAGGCUACAAAUGUGCUUGUGGGAAAGGUUUUGACUUAAUGGUUACAUCAUAUUACUGUAUUUACACCUAAGUAGUUCACCUUACCUCAUGUCUCAAGCUGGUUCUUUCUUUCAUGUUCUCUUGAAGUGUUCCUUCACGUUUGGCAGCAGUGACUUAUUUGGAAGAUACAGCAAGUGUGCUUGGGAUUCAGAUUUAUCAGCUCAAGAUUGCUACACAACUUACUUGAAUUUUUACGGAACGGUGAGCAGUAGAUUAUUGGUCAAACAGCUGGCAAAACGUACUAAACCAUUCUCGACUCCAAAGCCUCUGUUCUGUUUUGGCGGCGAAGGGCCUUGUCCUCAGUUUUGCGCUGUAGAGAAGAGCUUGGGAUUGCUCUUGAGUCCAAAUUGUCGCCCAAUAAAAAGGCCUUGUAAUUUUUCAUUGCGUAGAAGCCAAUGACCAAUCAUUAGCGCGAAAUUAUUUUCCUCUGGUAUCAAAGAGGGUCUAGAGUCCCUGCCGCGUACCCAGACGUCUCUCAUUCGAUGACAUUGCGCGCAAAGGAAGGCGGGAAGGAGAACUGCUUCCCAUGGACCCUUGCGCUUCGUCAUCACUCACUCGCGUUUCUUACUCGCUUCUGUACGAAAAACGAAGCGCCUGAGGAGGAGGCUGGGGGAAUCCCAUUUCAGUUGGUUGAGUAGAUGCUUGGCAGGACUGGGGAGAGCUCAGUCGUUCGCUCCUCCUUGCGACCAUCUCGAGAGACUGUACCUUCCCCUCCCCUAACCCGUCAUUUGGCCCAAAUUGAGGUCUAGAGGGGGAAGGGUAGGUAAGCGGCUUUCCAGAAUGUUAUUCUGAUCCUUGUAAAACCAGGAGCAGAUUACUACCUGACCGUAAAACUUAACACAAUUUGUCAACGGUUUCUUGGCAAAAUGUGAUUCCCCUUGCUGGAUUUUAAAAAUCAUCUUUAUGCGCAGGCUUGACAAAUCUUAAGAGCGCACUCGGACAUGCGCUGAUAUGAAGCCUGCUAGUGGUCUCUGACUUCUCCUGUUUUAAAAGCACUUUCUAUGAAAUAAUCUUUCUUGUAUACUUUGUUCUUUGCAGCCUAACAAUACAUUCUCAUGUUAUUUUGAUCCGGACAACUUUGAGGACGUCGUACGGAUCCUUAAGGUAACCCUCGAGACAUCCAAACCAUGCGAUAUGUCUAUUUACUUGUUUAUUACGUGGUAUUAACCAACCUAAGAGAAUGUUUGUUUUGUUUGUUUAUCUAGGUGUCAGGCGGUGAAGCAGUCGCCUUGAUAGUCAUUCCUCUUCUCUUCCUGUUGUUAUGGUUACUAGCUGUCAUGUUCAUGGCAUACGACAGGCAUCUUCGGAGGUAUUUAAAAAAAAUUGUACUAAAACUGUUGAUAGUUCGGACUGAAUUUGGCUGAAUAAAAAAAAAAUAAAUAAAUAAAUAAAUAAAUAAAUAAAAGGAAAUUCAGUAGCGGGAGCCGGAGUGUGCCUUUCAUUACGUGAAAUCUCCAUAGGCACAUGUCCGUAGGCUGAUUGCAGGCUAUCGAGCUUUUUCGCUAAACCUGGCCGGUUAACAGAAAGGGAUUUGCGCGAGAGAAGAAAGGUUUUUUUUUCGGGUGCCCUAGCGCACCGCUUCAUCUCGUCGUCCUGAUUCUUGAGCAAAAAAGGUUAUUUCGCAAGAAAAACUGACCGCAAACAGUUUUGUAGGCUACGCUGCAGGCGUUUGAAAGGGAGAAAAAAUCAGUUGCAUGAGAAGGUGAUAGACGUGUUCCUUCCCCUGCACUCUCGCUUGCGCUCGAGCUCCGCUGCUUGCAUCCCGCGGCCUGAGAAUCCCUGAAAUAAUUGCCCUGCUUUUGAAGAAAAGUCUCCCUCUUGACUUCCAAAGCCAUGAUUACCAUAUUCCUGAUAUAACAUUACAAUCAUUAAAAAGGAAUACUUUCUUCCAAAUCGGAAAUCUGGGAGAAUUUUUUUACAUAAAUAACGCCAACAAGAAAAUGAACCAAAGCGCGUUUCUCCCGCGCUUGUAAUCGGUCCAAAGCGCGGAAGAGUACGAGGCAGUUGGCUUUCUGAAAACCACAUAAUGAUUUCUUCUCCUGCUUUCUUCAUUUUCUAAGCAACAUUGACGAACAAAUCAUCCAAGAAGGAAUGAAAGCUAACAAGUAUACCAAAAAUACCAUGAGUAACGGAUCAGCAGUGCCAUUAGGCAAACAUAACAGCGGAUUCGAUCUUGAAACAUCUACAGCAGUGAGCGCCGAUGUUUCAACACUGACCAGUGGACUCGCUACACCACGCACGCGCCGGAGAAGGAAAAAGAAAAUGCCUUGUUCGAGGCCACACUAUCAAUUUAACUACCUAGAUGAAGGAAUCUUAUUGGAGGAUAAGCCUCUGUCCUCUACUGCGAAUGACCCUUAUAGUUACAGUUUCGUGACAGUGGACACUUCACCUGUUUGUACAUGCCAUCAUAAUGGUUACUUAGAAGCGGGAUUUGAUCUCUUACCAUACAGCAGAGAUUAUUUCACACCCGUAUCCAGUACCCCGAGUGUAAGCUCGCGCUACUCGAGCCAACAGCGGAUAGUGCAUAUGCCUGAAUCGUUUGUAUAA